UCCCGGUCCAAUCUGCGCGCUCCGGGGUGACAUAAUGGAAGUUUUGGGCUGGGAGGCCAGAGGAGUGUGGUGGAGCUGCGUCUGGAGAGGAGAGCGAGUCCGGACCCCCGACCCAGGAGCACCAGGUCCGACUGAGAGGAGAGUCAAGAACGGGAUCUGGACCUGAGACUCAACACGGACCGUGUCUUUCUUCCUGCUCUGAUGUGAAUGUUGGUUCGCGACGCCCCACACUCCCUCAUGAGGGUGUCGGAUGAAAACCAGCUUUAAUCCGGACUCUACCCGGACCCCGCCGAACCCUCUGAGGGUCUCCAACCUGAAAUACACGAUGAUGAAGAAGGAGAGCAGUCUGAACCCGGACCAGAACUCCGAGCUGAAGUCCGGCUCGCUCCGGGACACGGGCGGACUUUUAAACUCGCUGGACCUGGGACUCCUUAAACUGACCCCACCGGACCUGGAGCGCCUCAUAGUCCAGUCCAGUGGUCUGGGAGCCGCCAGCAACAUCCCGAACCCGCACUUCCUGCACCCGAAGUCUGGCAGCGACGAGCAGGAGUUCGCGGAGGGGUUCGUGAAGGCUCUGGAGGACCUCCACAAGCAGAACCAGCUGAGCGAGGCCGUGGAUCUGCUCGGACCAGCUGGGUCCGGCUCUGCCGGGCUGCAGCCUCCGGACCUGCCUGUCUACACCUCCCUGAACGGCUACACCUCCAUGAGCUACACGGACACCACCCCCUUCCCCCCCCUGAACCAGCAGGCUGCGGGUCUGGCCCGGCUCCAGCAGCCCGGCGUGAAGGACGAGCCGCAGACGGUUCCGGACAUGCAGAGCUUCGGAGACAGUCCCCCCCUGUCCCCCAUAGACAUGGACAACCAGGAGCGCAUCAAGGCCGAGAGGAAGAAGCUGCGGAACCGGAUCGCAGCCUCCAAGUGCCGCAAGAGGAAGCUGGAGCGGAUCUCCAGGCUGGAGGAGAAGGUGAAGACCCUGAAGAGCCAGAACACGGAGCUGGCCUCCACCGCCAGCGUCCUGCGGGAGCAGGUGGCGCAGCUCAAGCAGAAGGUGAUGAACCACGUGAGCAGCGGCUGCCAGCUGCUCACCAGCCACGUCCAAGCCUACUGACCCCCCUGCGAGGCUUUGAUGAACACAUGGACCGGUUCCGAGUCCUGACUGACGAGGAGGCUGGGAGAUCGAUACAUGUUAUCGAUACCACCCCGGACCAUAAUGGGAUCGAUACCUGAGAUUGUGUCUUUCCAAAUCAGCCAGCGAAGCGGUCCAGUUAUCGAUACUCUCACGGGUAUCGGAUCAAGAUGAGUGUGGUUGAAUUGAUAAUAAUGUACUUUCAGUAAAGGUGUGCCAAGUGAUCCAGAUAUACCAUUAUGGACUGAUCUUUUCACCUAUGAAAAGAUAGAUAUCCAAAAGAUAUUAUACUGGUCAAACUGAUGUUUGACCAGUCAAGUGUGCAGAUCGAUCCAUAUAUCGAUACUGUCGCUGACGUCAGGAUGAUGCCAGCACAGUUGCAGGGUUCUCUUCCAGUUUAAGUAUUUAUGUUUGCUCUCCAUUCCCUGAAACUUAAGUGUUUUUGUUUAUGACCAAAAUGUUUCAGAUUUAAAAAUAUAUUUUCUAAUAGUAAGUGUGGGAAUCUUAUCAAACCCAAGUCCAGAAAAAAAAGGAAAGAAGUGAAAACGAUUUUUGUAAUUUUUUUGUAUGGAA